UUUUUCAUUUGUGUCAUUUUGUCUCUUCCUCAGGUGUGCACACAUACCAGGAAAUGUAUGGCUGUGAAUGGGAUGAUGAGACUGAAGAAAUAAAUGGGUUUGAUGAGGAUGGAUAUGACGGAGGGGACUACACAACUCUGGAUUAUAAGGAGUCAAGAUAUAUUUCCCCUGUGCCACAGGGACUCAGGGCUGCAGAGCAGUGGAACAGGGAUGGAUCCCUGCAGCGACGGAAACACUACCUCACCACUAUAUGCAUUGAAUGGCUGAAGAAGUAUCUGCAGUAUGGAAAGAGCAGUUUUGGGAAAACAGUCUCUCCUCAGGUGUCUAUGCUGCAGAAGUCUUCCUCCUCUCCAGUCACGUGUCAUGCUACAGGAUUUUAUCCUAGUGGAGUAACAAUCAGCUGGAUGAAAAAUGACCAAGAGCAUCAUGAGGAUGUGGAGGUUGGGGAACUUCUGCCCAAUGAGGACGGCACCUUUCAGAAGAUGAGCACCCUCAGAGUUACACCUGAUGAGUGGAAGAAGAACAAGUACAACUGUGUGGUGGAACACCAGGGCAAAACCAAGAUAGCAAAUGAGAUCAUGACUAAUGAAAAAGAUUCUGUUCCCAUUGGCAUAAUUAUUGGUGCUGUUGCUGCUGUAGUCCUGUUGAUUGUCAUUGGUGUCGCUGGAUAUAUGAUGUAUCAGAAGAAAAAAGGUUUCAAACCUGUCAAUGCUUCUGAUGAUGGUUCAAACAGCUCAGCUCAUACAGAUCCACAUGCAUGAAGAUGAGACCAGACAUGGGAGAGAUGAAAUUGAAAAAACCAUUAUACUUAUUCUGCUGUACAUCUAGUGUACCAAAUAACACAAACACACACUCUCUCUCUCUCUCCCUCACACACAAUUGUAGAUUAUUGUGAUGGGAUUUAUCUGUAUGCAGUUUUCUUUCUUCACAAUUUCUGUUAAUUUUUUUUUGGAUUUCAUUUAUUAACUUUUUUUUUUUUUAAUUUUAAAUCUAAAAGUAUGAUGCAUUUAUCAAAACCCAUAGAAAUUGUUGAUUUUCAAGAUUUGUAGGAUUUGUGAAAGAUUGAUUUUUUUUUUUUUUUUUUUAAUGUUUAAA